AUGACCAAGUUACAAACCAGUCUCUUUAUUGUGUUGGCUUUGUUUGCCAUCUUCACCCAAACUUAUGGGGAAAUCCGUUUUUGCCCUAAAGAUAUGACAUUUGAAGGGCAAUGUUCACUGGGGAGUUCGGGAAGAAGCUGCUUUGAAGAAUUUCUGUCAAGACUUGGAGCAAGUGCCAUGCCUAUGCAUUGCGGUUGUAAUAAUCUCAAGAACAAUCAACGUCUCUGCACUUGUGACAUUGUUUGUAGGGAAUGA